GCAUCAAUGGGGAAUUCCUGCUCCCCUAGCUGCAUCCCUGCCAUACCAGCAAGCCGACGCGGAGUCGAUGAUAUUCGCCGGUACUACAAGAUCGGCCGGAUAAUUGGAUGCGGAUCGUUUGGCCAGGUUAGAGAAUGCGUCGACCGAGAAACAGGGCAGGUUUAUGCAGUGAAGGUCAUGGAACGGCGGAUGAGCGGCAAGGAGAAGAUGACUCCUGGGCGUCCUUCGAACGAAGCCAUGAUUCGCUCAGAGGUUGACAUCCUUAAGUCAUUGAAUCACGAAAACAUAGUGGCGUUUGUGAAGUUUUUCCAGGACAAGCAUUUCUUCUAUGCCAUUCUUGAAAGAUGCGAUGGCGGCGAGCUCUUCCACCAGAUUGUUAGCCGCAGACAGUUCACGGAGGAGGAUGCUUCUUUCCUCUGCAGGCAGAUGGCCUCAGCACUUGCAUAUCUGCAUGCCCAAGGGGUUGUUCAUCGCGAUGUGAAGGCCGAGAACUUUCUUUUCAAAGGCAAAGGGAUAGACUCAACUAUCAAGCUUAUUGAUUUUGGAAUGUCUGCUCGAUUGCCAGAGUGCGGCUACCUUACGGAUCUGUGUGGCAGUCCGCACUACAUAUCGCCCGAGCUUAUUAGCAAGCGGUAUGACCAGGGGGCGGAUAUGUGGGCAUUUGGUGUAAUGAUAUACUUAAUGCUCUUCGGCAGAUAUCCAUUUGAGGGCAGCAAGGCCAGUGCGAUUGCGAGGGAGGUUCAAAACAAGCAGCUAAACUGGUCCAAGGCCGCCUGCCCAUUUUUGACAGAAGCAGCCAUUGACUUCUUGAGCCGUUUGCUGGACAGGAAUGAGAAAACGCGACUAACUGCAGCGCAAGCAUUAGCGCAUCCAUGGAUCUGCCAACCAUCCUCAGACAAGGCGCAAUCUGUGAUAGAUAAAGAUAAACUGGAGGUAGCCAGACGGCUUUCUAUUGACUGCGAUCGCCAAGGCAGUCAAACGUUCACGAGGAAAACUUUUAAGAUCGAUAAGCUGCCAAACGAUUCUGCUAGCCCAUCUCACAGGGUGUUGAUCAUAGUAGUAUUGACAGAAAGAGAAUAUGACUUGGAAUGCAUAUCCAAUGAUCUACCGAGCAGGCUAGUCACCGAGGACAAAGUGGCUUGCGAUGCCUGUGCUGCAGCCAAAGCCCUGCGGAUAUUGGGAACAUGUGGAUACCGCACAUGCGGCGGCUGUAGAACUCUGGUGGCUAAACUGGAGCUCAGCGAGAACUUUGGAACCUGGCAUUUAAAUAACGCCCGGCAAAGUCCAAGACGCUGGGGUGGAAGUGCCAGUGAAUGCAAUUGGCUCCACUACUGCUGUUUGGGGUAG